AUGUCCGCCACUCCCGAGCGGUCCACAGCCGGGUCGAGUUUUCUCGGUGAGGGCCCGUCACCUUAGGCAUUUGUCAAGUAUGCCAAAAAGAACCACAUAUUUCUGCCCCCGAAUGUGUCGUUUCUGAUUCCAACCAAGACAAUGGGUAUGAGUAUUGUUGCGGCCUAUUCUCUUCCCACUGCAAGCAUCGUGAUUAGCUGUCUUGAGACCGCCGGGGUAUCCCCCUACAUGAAAGAAGUAGCCACCUCGCUGUGCGCAGCUGCACUGCAUGCAAGCCCGGCCGCCAUGGAAGACGCAGCACUUAUCGAUGUUCUGGCGCUCAUGGCAGAACUAGUCCGAGCAAACUCACUGUGGCCGCCAUGGCUAGGGGUUUGUCCACGCAUGGAACGUCAUCUCUUUGACCUCAACUCCGUUUAAGCAGCUGUGCUAGGUACGGGGUGUGUGAUGGGGUGUGAAAAGAGCACUGCUGUGGAGCCUUCUCGCGCUGCCGAGGACACAGGUGUCGUUGCCUUGGCAACAUUGGGGCUGGGCGCUGCCACUGGUGUGGUGGAGGUGCUCGUCAAGCUGCGCGUGACGCAGCGGUGGGCCGCUGCUCAGGCUAUCAAGGAGACCUUUCCAGAUGUCUGACCUGCCAGUGAAGUCGCCUUUGGCCUCUCUUGGGAGGCACUUUCGCAGGUGUUCUCCCGCCGCUUUCCCCGCGAGGGACUUACUAGGCGAGAAGUUUCCUACGUUUUGCCCGGCCUCGACAUCUUGAACCGUUCCUUCGCUGCUAACACCACUUUUGAAGCUCGUAGCGGUGGCUGCAAGCAGCCCACUGCCUUUACUGUGGUCACCACUCGUGCGAUACAGAAGGGAGGGCAGGCGUGUGGCUGUUACGGCCGCAUCGCAGCCGCGCACUUUGGCGUCGAGGUUCAUCUUGUGACCAAAAGGCGGUAGUGCAAAACGACGUAGUGCGCUGCUCGACGGCGUCUCUCGCGACGGUGGCGACGAUGCUGCGUUACUGGAAGGUCGCGAGGAAGACUCCGAGGUGUAUUGGGAGCUCAUCGGCGAUUGCCGCGUACCUGCAGAGUUGCUUCAAUGGAACUGCCUUGGCAGCGGGAACGGUGGAAGGUCAGUUGAAACGGGCUUUUUUUUGGCGGCAAUUCCGCAGCGGACGUCGAGGCGCAUCGAUAGGAGAUGGUGCAGCGAGUGGAGCAGCUGCAUCGUCUGGGUCUCUUGUAUGACGAGGGGCUUUAUCUUGUGCGGCCAUACGCGACGUGGGAGGUGGAGGAGGCUGCUGAGCCGGUACACUCCACCGUUCGCUGGAGGGUGCCGGCUCGGCACGAGAAGAGGGCAGCUCAACACCGCCGCGUGCUGGAUUCUACGGCGUACCUCCUCAUUGCCCCCAAGAGCGUGUACGACGAUGCUUAUCACUGCAUCACCAUCGACUGGGAGCCACCGUAGUCGCCGCAGCUCUCCUCCGCGGUACGAGACUUCGUGCGCAUCAAAAUUGCUGCACCACAGUGGCAGCCCGAUGCAAUAGGUACUCUCUUUGAUGACUCCACUCGAGUUGUGGUGCGCGGCCAGCUGCUGCACGACGUGCUGAUCUCUGAGAUUGAGACGCUGCGCUACUACGCUGAUUCCUUUGCUUGA